AUGAUCGAAAGAAUCGCCAUUGAUGUUUCAAAUGAGCUGAUUAAGUCUGCACCAUCAAAUGAUUUCGACGGUUUUGUUGGGAUGAGAGCUCAUAUGGAGAAGAUCAGACCGUUGUUACUCUUAGGCUCCAAUGAAGUGAGGAUGAUAGGGAUUUGGGGUCCUUCCGGAAUUGGUAAGAGCACCAUCGCCAGAGUUCUAUAUAGCCAAUACUCUCAUCAGUUCCAACUUACUGUCUUCAUGGAGAAUAUAAAAAGACGUUAUCCAAGACCUUAUUACGAUGAGUAUACCACGAAACUGCAAUUACAAAAUGAUUUUAUGUCCCAAAUAAUCAACCAGAAGGAUAUGAAGAUUCAUCAUCUAGGAGUUGUACCAGACAGGUUAAAAGACAAGAGAGUGCUUGUGGUUCUUGAUGACGUUGACCAUACGGUGCAUCUAGAUGCCAUGGCGAAAGAAAGUUGGUGGUUUGGUCCUGGAAGUCGGAUUAUCAUCACAACACAAGAUAAAAGACUUUUAAAAGCACAUAGGAUUAACCAUAUUUACAAGGUGGAUUUUCCAUCUUACAGUGACGCUGUUGAAAUCUUCUGCAUUUAUGCUUUCGGCAGAAGUCUCCAUAUGAUGGUUUUAGGACACUUGCUUGGGAAAUUACAGAACUUACUGGGAAACUCCCUUUGGGAUUAA